AUGGACUCGGACGCCAGCCUGGUCUCCAGCCGCCCUUCCUCGCCGGAGCCCGAUGAGCUCUUCCUCCCGGGCAGGAAUAAAGGAGGCGGCGGCGGGGGCUUCACGGGCGGCACCGUGUCCAGCUCCACGCAGAGCGACUCGCCGCCGGAGCUGAGCGCCGAGCUGCGCAGCGCCAUGAGCGCCGCCGGGGUGGUGGUGGUGGACAAGCUGGGCUUCAAGUCCUCGUCGUCCUCGUCGUCCUCGUCGUCGUCGUCGUCCUCCAAGAAGGACAAGAAGCAGAUGACGGAGCCGGAGCUGCAGCAGCUGCGCCUGAAGAUCAACAGCCGGGAGCGCAAGAGGAUGCACGACCUCAACAUCGCCAUGGACGGGCUGCGGGAGGUGAUGCCCUACGCGCACGGGCCGUCGGUGCGCAAGCUCUCCAAGAUCGCCACGCUGCUGCUGGCCCGCAACUACAUCCUCAUGCUCACCAACUCCCUGGAGGAGAUGAAGCGCCUGGUCAGCGAGAUCUACGGCGGCCACCACGCCGGCUUCCACCCCGCCGCCUGCCCCGGCGGCAUGGGCGCCCACUCGGCCCCGCUGCCCGGCCACCCGGGCCACCCCGCCUCGCACCCCGUGCACCACCCGAUCCUGCCCCCCGCCGCCGUCUCCAGCGCCUCCCUGCCCGGCUCCGGCCUCUCGGCCGUCAGCUCCAUCCGACCCCCGCACGGGCUCCUCAAGUCGCCCUCGGCCGCCGCCGCCGCCGCCGCCGCCGCCGCCGCCCCCCUGGGCAGCGGCUUCCAGCACUGGGGGGGGAUGCCGUGCCCCUGCAGCAUGUGCCAGGUGUCGGCCCCCCCGCACCACCACGUCUCCGGCAUGGGGGCCGCCAGCCUGCCCAGACUGGCCACCGACACCAAAUGA